CUUCAAAGCCUGCCGUUUGGGGGAAUCACGGGAAGUUUAACGUUGGCGAAACUAGAAGAAGAAAAAAAAACGAGAAGUAGUGGGGGAUUUAUUAAAUGAGACGGAUUGUUUCUGAUAAGCAGCCGGCGGUUGAUGUUAUCGUGGAUUCCAGCUGUUUUAAAUUUUUUUUAUUUUAAUUUUAUUUUUUUCCGGGGUGGCUCGUCUCCGGCAGCGCUGCGGCUAACGAGCUAACUGACCGCGGAUGGAGUGAGGAAGCCGUCUCGGUGUGCGCCGCGGUUACGUUCAGCGGGCUGCGUCUAUUUCCUGGAGGAGGCGUUAUCAACACCAGAACCGGCGGCUUUGUUGGUCCGGUCUUCUUCUUCCCUCUUUUUUUUUUUUUUGUUCUUAGCUGGCGAAGCUUCUCCUCUACAUGCAUGCUAGCCAGCUAACGAAUCCAGGGUUUGCUGUCAGGAGCCGCGGGACGCCGACCUGGUCCCCCCCCCCUCCUCCCGACGCCACCAUGAUAUGACGGCUUUAUAACAACCGCGGGGUCCCUCUCGAAGUAGCAGAGCAGCAUGCAGGGGAAGAGAAGAGCCCAGAUAAAGAGCUAGGGGACGCCGGCCAGCACCGACUUUAACACGGACCGUGGGGGACAAUUCACCGCCGACUAGAGGUCGCAGCGAGUGGGCUGCGUGGGGGGGGGGGAGGUAGACGAGCGAAGGAUGAAGAAGUUUUCCAGAAUGCCGAAGUCCGAGAGCGGGGGGCUCGCUGGGGCGUCCGGUACCGGCUCCGGGCUCAGCAGCUACUUCGGGAAGGUGUUCGCUGUUGGCCGGUACCAGGUCACCGUGGAGGAGCUCGUAGCUGAAGGAGGAUUCUCCGUGGUGUUCCUGGCUCGGACGCACAGCGGCGUCCGCUGCGCUCUCAAGAGGAUGUACGUGAACAACGUGCCGGACCUGAACGUCUACAAGAGGGAGAUCACUAUCAUGAAGGAGCUGUCGGGCCACAAGAACAUCGUGCGCUACCUGGACUCCACCAUCAGCUCGGUUUCAGACAGCGUCUGGGAGGUCCUGAUCCUCAUGGAGUACUGCAAAGCGGGUCAGGUAGUGAAGCAGAUGAACCAGCGGUUAAACGUGGGCUUCAGUGAAGCCGAGGUCCUCCACAUCUUCUGUGACACCUGUGAAGCUGUGGCUCGCCUUCAUCAGUGCAAAACUCCCAUCAUCCACAGAGACCUGAAGGUUGAAAACAUCCUUCUGAACGACCAGGGGAACUAUGUCCUGUGUGACUUCGGCAGCUCCACUCACAAGGUCCUGUUGCCCCUCAAAGACGGAGUGACGGCCGUGGAGGAUGAGAUAAAGAAGUACACGACCCUCUCGUAUCGGGCCCCAGAGAUGAUUAACUUGUACGCAGGAAAAGCCAUCACCACUAAGGCGGACAUCUGGGCGCUCGGAUGCUUGUUGUACAAGCUGUGUUUCUUCACGCUUCCAUUUGGGGAGAGUCAGGUUGCCAUAUGCGACGGUACCUUCAUCGUCCCGGAUAACUCCAAAUUCUCCACCAAGCUGCACUGCUUGAUCCGAUACAUGCUCGAGCCGGACCAGGAGAAGAGACCAGACAUCUACCAGGUGUCCUACUUUGCCUUUAAGCUAGCUGGGAGGGACUGCCCGGUCCCGAACCUCUCCAGCUCUCCCAUCCCAACGUCGCUUCCUGAGCCUCUGACAGCCAGUGAGGUCGCUGCUAAGAAGAGUAUGACCAAAGCCAGGAUAACGGACUCCGUGGGUCCAACGGCGACGUCCAUAGCGCCCAGGCAGAGGCCGAAGGCUGCAAACAGCAACGUGCUGCCGCUCAGCAACGCCGUCACUCCUGUCAAGAUGACCGUGCCUUCAGCGCCCGUCAGCAACGGCCAGAAAGCUCCCACCCCCGCAGCGGGACCGCCCCCCUCGGUGCAGACGGCGCCUGGCAGCCAGCAGCACCGCGUCCUGCAGCAGCUGCAGCCCGGGGACCUGCGCCUGCAGCAGCUGCAGCAGCAACAAGCCAACGCUCAGCAGCUGCAAUACCUGCAGUACCAACAGGCCGUGCAGCAGUCCCUGCAGCUUCAGCACCAGCAGGUUCUGCUCCAGCAGCAGCAGCAGCAGAUGAUGAUGCAGCCCGUGUACCAGCAGCAGGUCGCUCAGGCUCAGUACGCCGCCAUGCUGCACCAGUACCAGCAGGCUUUUGUCCAGCAGCAGCAGCAGCAGCAGCAGCAGCAGACGCUUCCCUACAUGUCUUCCCCUCUUGAGUUCCAGAUCCCUCUGGGUUCUUACAACGCUACCACGCCCACCGCAGUGGGACGUGGCCCCAUGGGGGGGCCGUCGCCCGUAGAAGCCCCGUACACUAACCCCAGCAGGACCCCCCUGCUGGCCACAGACGGUAUUACUCUGACCUCGCAGAGCAGCGGCGCCGCCGUCGCUCACCCGCCCGACAUGUCGGGCUGGAACCCGUUCGGCGAGGACAACUUCUCCAAGCUGACGGCGGAGGAGCUGCUGGACAGAGAGUUCGACCUGCUCAGAGCAAAGAAGCCCGAGGAGAGAGCGGCCGGCGCGGAGACGGACCCGGCGCCGCCCGCGGAUCUGUUCGGCUCGGUGCCGUUCGUGGCCAACGCAGGAACCGGCGUGAAGACGAGCGCGCCGUCCGCCGAGGAGCUUCCUGCCGACGUCUCGGCGACCGCCGAAGCUCCGCCGCCGCCCCGAGCCGGGAAGAAGAGCGGCUGCAGGCUGGGCGACGAGUCCGACAGCGACUUCGAGUCCGACCCGCCUUCUCCGAAGAGCAGCGAGGAUGAAGAGCAGGAGGAAGAGGAGGCCCUGAACAGCGAGCACGGCGACGACACGGAGCCGGAGAACCUGGGCCAGAGGCCUCUGCUCAUGGACUCCGAGGAGGAGGAGGAGAAGCGCAGCUCCGACUCGGACUGCGACGCGAAGCUCAGCGGUCGCUGCAGGAAGCCGGCGGCCGCCACGAGUCCUCGGGGAUCCACGGCGAGUCCCGCCGCCGCUCCGCCCAGCGCAGCGCGACCCACCGAGGGCGUGGACGUAUUUGGAGCGGUGCCUUUCGUGGGAGGAGCGCCGCCCGCUGGGAGCACCGACAUCUUCGCCAAGGCGCCUUUCAGGCAGGUCAGCCAGGAGGCGCCGCCCGCCGCCGCCGCCACCGACGACUUUGACGUCUUCACCAAAGCGCCGUUCAGCCGCAACGUCUCCAGGUCGGGAAGGAGCGACGACGCCGCCACGGGCCAGACGCCGCCCGUGUCCCCCGACGGCACCGACGUCUUCGGCUUCUCGCCCUUCCAGCCGGGCCACGCCGAGGCUCCGCCCACCGCCUCCAGGAGCGCGGAGGACAUCUUCCGCUCGCCGCCGGAGGAGCCGGCGGGUCUGCAGCCGCGGCAGAAGCAGCGCAGCCUGCAGAGGCUGUCGUCCCGCCAGAGGAAGACCAAGCAGGACGCCGCGGUGGCAGGCGGCGCCGGCGGCAACGGCAAGCGGCACCACGGCACGCCGACCGGCGGACGCAGGAGCAACAAGCCCACCUACCGCACGCCGGAGAGGAACCGCAGGCACAAGAAGGCGGGCCGGCGAGACUCGCAGAGCAGCAACGAGUUCCUGAGCGCCUCCGACUCCAAGGAGAACAUCAGCGUGGACAUCAGCAUGGCCGAGGGCCGGGACAAGGCGGCGCCGCCGGACGACGCCCUUCUGGACCCGUUCGGGGCGAAGCCGUUCCAGCCUCCGGACGGCGGCCGGGGCGGAGACGGCCGGUCCACCGACGACUUCGGGGCGGUGCCGUUCACAGAGCUGGUGAUCCACGGCGGCCCGCAGCAGCAGCCGGCGGCGCCGUCACAGCCGCUGGACCUCGACCCGUUCGGAGCGGCGCCGUUCCCCUCCAAGCAGUAGCGUCUUCCCACGCCGCCGCCGGCAGCAGUUAACCCCGCCGGGCGGCCGCCAUCUUUGUUGUUGUGAAUCAGAGAGAGAAUCCUGCCUUUUAUGCUGCAUCUUAACGCUUUUAGGAACUUUUACGCUGAAGUCGUACUGCGACGACUAAAAGCUCCUGUUAAUCCGCCUUCUGACUGUUUCAGCACCACGAAGCCUUACCUGAGCCGCCCCCCC